GAAAUGGCUGAAAGGGUAGAAGCCUCAUAGUUGAGGCCUUGUGACGCUGCCAGGACUCUUUCCCGCUGGCCUUCUAGAAACCUGUCAUCAUUCACCAACUAAUGUGUUAGCACCUUGGCCCAGAAUGGGUGCUCAGAAAAAUGAGUGUUACAUGAAUUGGUGAAUCGCCUGAGACCUGAAUCACACUACCACAAAAGCAUCCCUGGCCCAAAUCAGAAUGGAAGCCAAAUGCAAGCAGCAGAAUAAAGAGAUCUGAGCUUGGCACUGGGGAGACAGCACAAGUAGAAGAAAGAACAUGGACUUUGAGGGCAGAAAGACCCACGUGUGAAUCCUGUCUCUGUCAUGUCAUUUUGUACCACAACUGAUUCCUGUUAGACUCCAGUUCUUACUCCUCAAAUCUAAAUCCAUCAUGCCUCAUCGCCCUGUCUACCUCUAUCUGACAAGACAGCCACUCAAGGAAACACCAUGAAAAAUACUGAUAUCAAGAGACUACUGUAUACCCAUCUUUUAUGCAUAUUCUCAAUUAUCCUAAGCAUCUUCAUUCCAUCAAUCUUCUUGGAGAACUUCUCAAUAUUGGAAACUCACUUGACGUGGUUGUGCAUCUGUUCUGUUUUUGUAACUGCCGUCAAUCUAGUAUUAUAUUUAGUGGUGAAACCAAAUGCAUCCACUAAAAGAAGUUCAUUAUCAUACAAGGUAACCAGAUUUUUGAAAUGCUGUAUCUACUUUCUUAUGUCUUGUUUUGUCUUUCAUGUAAUUUUUGUUCUAUAUGGAGCACCAUUAAUAGAGCUGGUGUUGGAAACAUUUUUAUUUGCAGUGAUCUUGUCUACUUUUACUACUGUACCUUGUUUGUGUUUGUUAGGACCAAACAUCAAAGCAUGGCUAAGAGUUUUCAGUAGAAACGGAGUUACAUCCAUUUGGGAGAAUAGUCUCCAGAUCACCACAAUUUCUAGUUUUCUAGGAACAUGGCUUGGAGCCUUUCCUAUUCCACUCGAUUGGGAAAGGCCAUGGCAGGUGUGGCCCAUCUCCUGCACGCUUGGAGCGACCUUUGGCUACGUGGCUGGCCUCGUUAUUUCACCACUCUGGAUAUACUGGAAUAGAAAGCAACUUACAUACAAGAACAAUUAAUUGGAACAAAGGAAGAUUUUUUUGUGUGUGCAGAUUCCAUAAAGACUGUGCAGAAAUGUAUAUGGUCUAAGCCAGGCAGUCCCAUUUACAGCACUGUUUUUUUAUGAUGUGAUUGUAGCUUUUUAAACUAUGAAACCCCUGAGAGAUUGUACCUUCUAGUUGAAAUAAAGUAUUUAUAAUAGA